GCGAAUCACGUGUAGAGAACCGUUGAUCGUCAUGUAUCUGCUGUAGCAGAGCUCCGUGCUAGAUUUUGUUACUUGCCUCCAGUUGUCGCUGCACUUUGUUUUGACAGCUGCUUGUUUUCUUUUCCCAUACCUUUUUACCGAAGAAUGAGCGAAAACGAUGACAUCGAAGUCGACAGCGAUGCAGACAAGCGAGCACAUCACAAUGCGCUUGAGCGCAAACGCAGGGACCAUAUUAAAGACAGCUUUCACGGUUUACGAGAUUCUGUGCCUGCAUUACAAGGGGAGAAGAACUCUGUCAAACAGGCUUCCCGAGCACAGAUUCUAGACAAAGCCACUGAGUACAUCCAGUACAUGAGGCGAAAAAACCAUACCCACCAGCAAGACAUUGAUGACCUAAAGAAGCAGAACGCACUGUUGGAGCAGCAGGUUCGUGCACUGGAGAAGGCCAAGGGGAACAACCAGCUCCAGACAAGCUACUCUUCUGAUAGCAGCUUGUACACAAACCGUAAAGGGAGCGCAGUGUCUGCCUUUGACGGUGGGUCCGACUCCAGCUCUGAGUCAGAGCCAGACGAGCCACCCAACAGAAAGAAGCUACGCGUGGAGGCCAGCUAGACUUGCCCCCUCCCCUCCAAAUCCCGGUUCCCCAAAAAGACUCUUUUUGCCCACCAGCCCCGACUCCUCUUACCUGUCCACUCUCAGUCCCGCCUUCUUCCGCCAGACUGUGUGAGAGAGGUGCUAUUAUGUAUAAAACGCUUCUACCUUGCUUUUUCCUCUUGGCAAGCAUCCCGUCGCUCCUUUUGUGGCCCAGCAACAACUUUUUAAGACCCCCAAAUUGAGGCAGCUCUGCAGUUUUGAAGGACUUUAUGCUUUUCAAACAUCAUGAUAACUAUUCAUAAUCAAAUGUGGGGAUUACAAGGUAUGAGGCUUUGGUGAAGCUACAGAAAAUAAAAUGAUUUAUUUUUUUUGUUGGAGAUGUGAGACGCUACAAGCUUCGACAAAAUUGUAAUUAGUGAUAGUUUUACCUUUUUAAUAUUAAUCAUCAUUAAUCAAAUGGAUCCCUCUAUUUAUAGUGAUGCACCAAAAUUGAUUUCUCACCCUUAUAUCUGAUCUCCUUUAUGUUUGGCUUGAGAUUUUCCAGAGAACACAGGAGAAUAAACAAGUGGACCUGC